UUUUCCUGAAGUUCAGUUCCCCGUCUGCUUUAAUUAAACUUUCUGAAACUUCGCGUCAGUCCGCUGUUGCUGUUCCGCCAGCGCACACUGCCUUCUCUCUUCACACAGACUGUUUCUCUACGAAAUAUUACAUAUAAUAAUGCACGCCAAUGAUACUCUACUGCUUUUCUUCUCUUUAAUUCUCCUUUGCAUUGGACUGAAGGCAAUAUCAGCGCAAUCUGCCAUGUACGAGACAGAUGUGGUCGUUCCGCAGGAGCUGCGGUCAGACGAGGUGCACCUGCUCCAGGGAACCUACAGGUGGAGCAGAGGUCGCAGACGACGUUCGGACCAUCAGCAGGAGGACCACCUGUUUCUACGGCUGCCUGCUUUCGGAAAAGAACUCUACUUGCAGCUCCAUAGAGAUGACUCUUUCCUCGCCGAGGGGUUUUUGAUGGAGGAGAGGAGCGAGGAGGGCAGCGUUCAACAUGAACCUCUUCUAAAGGUUCGGCGGUGUUUCUAUACCGGAGCCGUUCUCAAUCACACUCAAUCUUUCGCCUCAUUGGAUGCUUGUGGUGGACUGACUGGCCUGGUUCAAACUGAAGAGGAAAGACUGUUCAUCACGCCAGUGGGCCAGGCUGCGGAUUCCUUCUCUGGCUGGGAACACAGAGUGAUCCGGGAAAUACAUUCUUCAUCGGAUGGACCUGCUACUGCUGCAGACAGCAGCCCGAAAUAUUGCCAAACCAUCCAAGACAAGAAGAAGGAGAAAAGGGCAAAAGGAGCAGAGGAGGUGCGUGGCAGGAGGAACGCCAUUAGGCUGAGUAGAGAGUACACUGUGGAGACGGUCGUGGUGGCUGACGCAAAUAUGGUGCAGUACCACGGUGCUGAGGCUGCCCAACGUUUCCUGCUCACUGUCAUGAACAUGGUUUAUAACAUGUUUCAACACCAGAGUUUGGGUGUGUGGCUCAACAUCCGGGUCACCAAGCUAGUUCUUCUGCACACCCGUCCAGAAAAGCUGAAGGUAGGCCAUCAUGGCGAAAAAGCCUUGGAGAGCUUCUGUCACUGGCAGCAUGAGGAAUACGGCGCACGAUACUUGGGUAGCAAUCAUGUUCCUGGGAGCAGAGAUGACCCUCCUCCUGUGGACGUGGCUGUGCUGGUCACCAGAACAGAUUUUUGUGUCCACAAAGAUGAGCCUUGUGACACAGUUGGAAUCGCUUAUCUAGGUGGCACCUGUAGCUCCAAGAGGAAGUGUGUGCUGGCGGAGGACAACGGACUCAACCUGGCCUUCACCAUCGCUCAUGAGCUGGGCCACAACAUGGGCAUGAGCCAUGAUGACGAUCACGCCAGCUGCACAGGCCACUCUCACAUCAUGUCUGGGGAAUGGGUCAAAGGUCGGAACCCCAGUGAUCUCUCCUGGUCCACCUGCAGUCGUGACGACCUGGAAAAGUUCCUCAGAUCAAAGGCCAGUGCCUGUUUGCUGCAUACUGACCCACGUAACCGCUACCUCGUCCGUCUUCCAGCCAAACUACCCGGGAUGCACUACAGCGCCGAUGAACAGUGCCAAAUUUUGUUCGGCACCAAUGCAACUUUCUGCACUGAUAUGGAGCACUUGAUAUGUGUGGGUCUCUGGUGUUUGGUGGAGGGAGACACGUCAUGUAAGACCAAACUAGAUCCACCGCUGGACGGCACAGAAUGUGGUGCCGACAAGUGGUGCAGGGCCGGUGAGUGUGUCAGUAAGACACCCAUUCCGCAACAUGUGGAUGGAGACUGGAGUCCUUGGAGCACAUGGAGCAUGUGCAGCCGAACAUGUGGCACAGGAGCGCGCUUCAGACAGAGGAAAUGUGACAACCCCCCGCCCGGUCCAGGAGGGAGGCACUGUCAGAAGGCCAGCGUGGAGCAUAAAGUGUGCGAGGGGCUGCCAUGUUCCAAGGGUCUGCCCACGUUUAGAGAUCAGCAGUGUCAGUCUCAUGACCGGCAGGCCAGUAAGAAGAAAAGCCAGAUGUGGUCAGCUGUGAUCGAUGAUGAAAAACCAUGUGCUCUAUACUGUACACCCAUUGGCAGUGAUGCACCAGUACUAGUGGCAGAGCGUGUGCAGGACGGCACGCCAUGUGGACCGUAUGAGAACGACCUGUGUGUGAGCGGAAAAUGUCAGAAAAUCGGCUGUGACGGCAUCAUUGGUUCAUCUGCGAAAGAAGAUCGGUGUGGCAUCUGCAAUGGUGAUGGCAAAUCCUGCAGGAUCAUCAAAGGAGACUUCAACCACUCCAAAGGGAUGGUCCCUCAUAGCCUUUGUAAGAAGGUUUCUACGUGUGUGAUGUCGAAACCCAGAGCUGUUCUCAAGUGUCUCUCAUGUUACAUUGAGGCAGCUGUCAUUCCGGUGGGAGCUCGACGAAUCAAAGUUGUGGAAGACAAGCCGUCCCAUAGCUUUCUGGCUCUGAAGGACUCCGGCAAGCAAUCCAUAAACAAUGACUGGAAAAUCGAGCUGCCAGGGGAGUUUGAGCUUGCUGGCACCACUGUCCGCUAUGUGAGGAGAGGACUGUGGGAAAAGAUGUCUGCCAAGGGACCCACUAAGACUCCACUCCAUCUUAUGGUUCUGCUGUUCCACGAUCAAACGUACGGGAUCCACUAUGAGUACACGGUUGCCCUGAACCAUUCGCAGGAGAACAGCAGCGAUUCGGUAAAAGAGCCAGAGCACAUGCACCUGUGGACUCACAGCAGCUGGGAGGACUGCAGCGUGCACUGCGGAGGAGGAGAGAGAAGGACUGUGGUGUCGUGCAUGAAAAUCAUUAACAAGACCAUGACUCAAGUAAACGACAGCUACUGUCAGGUGCAGAACAGACCUUCACCUCAAAUCCGCUCGUGCAACAUCCACCCCUGCCAAUACAGGUGGGUUACUGGCGCUUGGACGCAGUGUUCAUUAACCUGCGGUAAAGGAUUGCAGCAGAGGGAAGUUGGCUGCGUGUAUCAGUUGCAAAAUGGCACAUACAUUCCUACCAGAGACCUGUACUGUCUCAGCUCCAAACCAGCUGGCGUACAGCACUGCGAGGGACGCCACUGCCUCACCGUGUGGGAGGCCUCCGAAUGGUCCAAGUGUUCCUCUGAAUGUGGCCGCGGAAGCAGAAAGCGGACAGUGACCUGCACAAAUCCUCAGGGUCUCUGUGAUCCCGUGUCUCGUCCCACAGAGGAGGAGAUGUGUGAGGAUCACUCCAAAUGUUACGAGUGGAAAACCGGUGAAUGGUCUAAGUGUUCAUCAUCCUGUGGGCGGGGCUUGCAAUCCAGAGUGGUCCAAUGCAUGCACAAAGUGACCGGACGGCAUGGCAGCAACUGCCCAGUAGUCCUGAAGCCCCCCACGUACAGGCAGUGUCAUCUGGGGGCAUGUAACGUAAAAGUCAAUGUGAACACAAUCACCUCCCCUAGACUGGCUGCAUUGACGUACAAGUGCACGGGGGAUCAGUGGGCGGUCUACUGCAGGGUGAUCCGUGAUAAGAACCUGUGCCAGGACAUGCGCUGGUACCAACGCUGCUGCCAGACCUGCAGAGACUUUUACACCAACAAAAUGCCCCCCAAGACUUGAAAACAGCACACAGAGGUUUAUUUUUGCCUUUCCCAUUUGUACUGUCAAGAAUAAUAUGUUUUAUAUUUGAAAAUGUUAUUAUGUGAAAUUAAAAGCAGGCUGAAAGCAGUGCACACUAUGCAAACUUUUGAAGGCACUGAGGUUAGUUACCACCAAAGGAUGUACUUGCUGUGUGUUCACCAAGCGUUUGCGUUCUUGCAUUACGUUUGUUUCUUGUUUUUGGACUUGAAGGUUUCUUGUGUUGUCAUGUUUUGCUGUAAUACUCCCUGGAAGUGACUUCUUCAGCAUACUGGCUCAUUUCUUCAGAUUACCAGCUGUGAGAUUGCUUUCUUAAGGCCACUGGUUGGCCAAUAACUGAUGGACUUUUUUUUUUUUUUUUCAGACUCGGAUCAGUUAUCUCUUAUCUUGUUUUUGCUUUUAUUCCUGGGAAUAAUAAUGACUGUUGGCUCUGUAAACAAAACCUAGUGAUCUGCCUUUCUCCUUAUAAAUGGUUGCAAUAGAGUUUAAAAUGAACCUGUCGCUAAUCUAACUAUGCAAUACUGCUAGACAUUAAAAAAACACAAAUGUUCGAUAAAAUAGAAGCUGUUUUUGCUGAUAUAUUUAGGUAUUGAAAGGGUUAUAUAUUUUUAUUCAUUUUUAUCUCUGUUAUUUCAUCCAUCAGCUUCUUUUUUUCUGAGCUUGUUGCAAUUCAUUUACAUGUAUGCAUUUGGUAUGCAUUCACGGUAUCGAACCCCAUGAUCUUGGCUUUGCUAGUGCCAUACUCAUCUGUUUAAGCCAUAUCCUUGCAUUAUGCGUGCAUAUAAUAAUAGAUAAUGCAAUGCAUUAUUGUAGUUCUCAGCAAAAGAAGACAUUUGUACAUUAUAAUGAAUCAUUCUGCCUAUGUAGGCAGCUCACUCGGUUUUGGAAAAGAGCUGAAGUAGCGUGUGUUAUUUAAUUCAUAAAAAGCCAUCUAAAUGCAGUCGAGCAGCCAAGUUGAUAAUAAGUGACCCAUUUGAGUAUUUUUUCUCUUUAGGGUUGAUGUAUUUUUUAUACAACUAGGCGAAUUUGUGUAAAUGUCAUGUAUGUGUCUAAUCAUAUUUUAGGGAUCAUUCACACAGUUCACACUUUUUGGUGUUUAAAAAACAACCAGUGAACGGUCAGUGAAGUGGAAAAAAACAAGCUCUAGAGACGCGUAAACUUGAUGCUUGUUAUUUUCCCUGUCUGAUGGUGCGGCAGUGCCACAGUUGUCGCACUCUUGAGUCUCUAUGCUUGUAUAUCUUAUUCUUUUGUCAUCAAGUAUGAGACAAUAAUUCAAUAAUACAUUGUACAUUUUUGUAAUUAUUGUAGUUUUCAUAUUGUGCAAUAGAGGCAGUAUGCAAACAUGCCCCAUAGACAGAAUCAACAAAAUCACAGUCCAAAUCUCAUAAUUAAAAUCUGGAUACAAUUUAUUGGAGUUUACAAGGUACUUUUACAGUUACAGUUAGGAUGUGGUCAUAAAUGUGACAUUUUAAGUUUGUAUUUCAUAAAAUAACCCCAUGGCCGAGAGAGACACUGCAUAUGUAUGAGAGACUCGAAGCACACUGAGUUGCCUACUGCCUACAUGGGGAGCUGCCUUCUAAGAUAGUAUCCUAACUGAAUGAAACCUCACUAGUGACAACAACUCAUUGAGUUUUAUGCUACUCCGAUAAGGAUGAAAUGCAUAGUAUACGAAAUGCAGGCUAGUUUUUGGAACAGAGCUUAUGUGUGUGUUUGACACCUUGGCUCCGAUCUACCAGGUUGCACAAGGUCACAACAGGUGCUAGACAAAUUUCACUACUGUGAAAUUCAGCAUUUUUUUUUCUUCACGUUUUGUUCUUGUACUUAUGUAUGUAUUUAAAUGAAACGUGUUUUUUUAAUGUUUGUUAGGAUUAUUUAAUACAUAUUGUAUCUACCUGCUUUUGUCAGAACUAUUGGGUGCAACAGCUUCAUGUUCCAGGUAUAGCGGAUAUUGCUUGUGUAUUCCAGUACUGUACGUCAAUAGUUGCACAUGUGAUUGGUACUUAAACUUCCACUUUUGAUGGUGCUAAUUUGAACAUUUCAGACUGUUCAAAAAUAUAUUAUAAUAAUAAUAAUAAAUGUAUAUCCUGUAUUAUG